AUGAGUGAGCUCCGCAAGCCUGAGGCAGACCUUCAGGACCCAGUCCAGGCCCAGGGCCCGGUGGAGGCGCGGCUGUUCAGGGCUGAGGGGGAGGAGGCUGCAUCCCCCUCGUCUCCCUCCUCCCCAGUCCGCGCCCCCCCCCCAACCCAGGCCGAGUCCUUGUCCCAGGAGGCACUUGAUGUGAUGAUGGCUGACCUGGUGGGGUUCCUGCUCCUCAAGUAUCGCACCAAGGAGCCGACCACCGAGGCGGAAAUGCUGAAUAUGGUCCUCAAAGACCAUCGGGACCACUUCCCCGUGGUCUUGAGCCAAGCCUGCGAGUGCAUGCAGCUGGUCUUUGGCGUGGAUGUGAAGGAGGUGGACCCCAGCGAGCACACCUAUGUCCUGGCCCCCACCCUGGGCCUCACCUGGGAUGCCAUGCUGACCGAUGGGCAGAGCGUGCCCAAGGCCGGCCUCCUGGUGAUGCUUCUGGCUGUGAUCCUCCUGGAAGGAUCUGCCUUUGAGGAGGAGGUCUGGGAAGCACUGAGCGUCAUGCGGGUGUAUGCAGGGAAGCAGCACUGCAUCUGUGGGGAGCCCAGGGAGCUGCUCACCAAAGUGUGGGUGCAGGAGGGCUACCUGGAGUACCGGCAGGUGCCCCACGGCGACCCCGCCCGCUACGAGUUCCUGUGGGGUCCCCGGGCCUACGCGGAGACCAGCAAGUGGCAGGUCCUGGAGCAUCUGCUCAGGGUCAAUAGCUUGGAUCCCAGGUCCUUCCCAUCCCUGUGUGCAGAGGGUGUGAGCGAUGAGGAAGAGGGGGCCUGA